CUGACAAUAUUUCCAGCGUGCGAGUUGCUUUUAGGCGCCAUUCUGAAAAAUCCGGUGAAUCGUCCAGAUUAUUACAUAUUGCACGAAAAUAUCGUCGUAAAGCAGAAAAUUGGCGACGGUGCAUUUGGUGAUGUUUUCAUUGGAGAGCUAAAGAAGCCCGGUGGUAACAGUGUGGAUGUGGCAAUCAAAAUGCUCAAAGGUGUGAUGACGAAAAAAGAACGAGCCAAUUUCAUGAUGGAGGCAAAAAUAAUGCGCCGAUUUAAUCACGAAAAUAUUGUCAAUUUACUGGGUGUUGCGGUGCAAGAGUAUCCCGUGAUGAUCGUGCUGGAGCUCUGUCCGAACGGUGCACUGGAUUCAAAAUUAAGGAAGAAUCCGAGUAUUCCGGUUCAGAAACUAAUUCAGUAUACUGUUGAUGCUUGUCGCGGGAUGGUUUAUUUAUCCGGACGU